ACCACCGUGAUCCAAUUUUACCGAGAAUGAUCUCAGCGACACAACUGUCGCAGCUGCCUCAGGAUGUGCGGAAACUGGUUCAGAGAGUGUCCAUGAAUCGUUCGGUUGCAGACUUUGAGAAGCUGUGCAAUCGACUUCCACAUUGUUCCGCAUUUGAGCUAUGUAUCCUACAGCCACUGCUCUACAUACAUCUCGAUCCAGAACGCAUUCCUGCGAAGUCAACUCCAGCCGCUGCCACUGAUAUAGAGCUCGUCUACAGGUCGCUUCACGCGAUUGUUACAACUCUGGGCUGUAUCGAUGGUGGCCCCCCGGCAGGUUCGGAAAAACAACAUCUGCUUUCCGCCUGGAACCGUGUCGCUCCCUGGCUUAUCUUCUUUCAUGACCAAUUCAUCAUGUGCAGAGCCAACUAUCGACUCGUCGACAAGAUGGCUGCCAUCAGACUUGUUACUAGCUUACUAUUUUAUGUCUCAACUCUUGGUGACAAGCGCAGCAUAACCAUAUUGCUUACCACUCCUGCCCUUUAUCGCCCGAUCGCAGAGUUGUGGUUGUUAGCCCUGGAAACCAAAGACAAAGACCCCGCUCGCACUACUUCUUUUCGAGUUUGCGGCGUCAUGUUGGUUUCAGUAUGCGUUCACGAUGAAUCCUUUGUGACCAUACUACUCGAAUUGUCAGGUGGCAUUGACGCCGUCACUUCUGCAGCUCUGAAAUAUCUCAAGAGCUUACGGUCGAUGGCUAAGGACCCUGACAUAGCCUUCAAGGCUUUCAAGUUCGGGCUGCUUGUACCAGUGUUUUCGUGCUGUAUUGGAAUUAUUGCAACCAUGAGCAUGCUGGAUGCGGCGAUACGGGAAGCAUACGUCCCCCGGCAGUCCGUCAAAGAAAUUUUUGGGGCUCUCCGUGUUCUUCAGUCUCUUCCUCUGGGUAGAGAGAGCAUGGCGGAUGCCCUUGCCUCAAGUUUUACGUACCUCGACUUUCUCCUUAAACGUGGCGACGACCCUGUAUCAGCACUCCAUCAAGCCCUUUGCGCACACGCCUUCGAAACAAUAGUCCAUAUAAGUCCUUCCGGACCGGAGGUGAAGGUAGUGGAGACGGAUCCUCGUAGGAUCAACGAGGUUUUUUUUAGGAUCUUAUUCAGAUACAGUCUUCACGACAAAAUAUUGUCCUACGUCUGUAAACAUGUGGACGCUUGGUCUAAUAAUCUCGGACCAAUCGUGAGACAAGACGAACACCUCUUGGAUAUCUGGUCCAGUCUAGAGCAGACCAUUCGAACAUAUGGGACACUUAAGUUCAAAGCAGAAACGAUAUGGUGGCCAUCACUGAGUAAAAAGGGCUGGGUUCUACAAUGUUACUGCAGUGGUACUGCAGAAGACAUUUGCUUCAGGCAAUGUGCGGGAUGUCAGGUUGUACGGUAUUGCUCAAAGCGAUGCCAGCGUGAUUCCUGGCACAGUCACCAUAGGUUGAGCUGUAAUUUUUUAAAGGCAGCUGUCGGGUCAUCGACACCGCACCGCAUUAAACGUAGUCUGCGUCUGCUAGCCGCUCUAGAAGUUGACCAUAUGCAACGCAAGUUGGACAAUAUUCAGAGAUUGUUCGCCGCUGCACAGUGCGAAUAUCCGAAAGAUCGAGAACGACUUGUGCUCGAGCUCGGUCUUGAUAAGGACGACGAGUCUGUUCGACCUCUUCGAGACUACCUCUUCCUGUUCAACGGCCUCUCUGAAAAUGAGGUCGUAGACCGCAUAUCAUCAUCCUGGCCGGAUCCAAGGGGCCAACGUCAAGGACAAUUCCUUUGUUCGGUCAUCACGAUACACGAUCGAUAUGGGUCGCGGCAAAUUUUAUUCAGUCCGUGUGCGGCAUUAGAUAUGGAGAAAGUGCCGCAAACGCUCAGCCGUAACCUUCAGGACGUGUGAAUUCCUGUACAUCGUUUGGCGGGACUUGCAUGCGUUUGUUCUUUUAUCUGCUGUGUCGGGUCGUGCUGCCGGCCCCGACAGGGACGAUGUAGUCAUAUCACUUCUGAUUAGUAGUAGUACGACGGUUCAUUAAUCAUUGCUUUCUCCAGUCGCCUUGUUUACCCCUCACGCACUGUAUAUGUAG